UGACUUGUCAGUCUGAUUUCACUUUGCAGUCAUUUUGGCUUUGAAAACGUGUACCUGACUGCGCCCUUGAUAGGCAAUCAAUCAGCACUUGCUGCUUUGUACGCUUGUGGAUCUCUGGGCAGUAAAGGUACUGGUACUUCCGUAGCAUAAAGGCGAGGAAUUUCCUUGCUUUGACACGAAAAUCAAGACGUUCGACGUUGGGGGUAAACGUAGAGCUGGAACUUGAGUUGGCCGGAGACUGUACACUUUUCAGCAUGUCCUUUUCAGCAUGUGCGUCUGGGCUACGUUGCGGCUCUGCGCGUCUGUCACGUCCAAUUGUUCUGCUUCGUCGUCUGAAUAACGAGAAUAAAGUCUCAGCCAGGUCUCCAUCCUGUGCCACACCGCCUAGCCGCUCCUUUCACGCCUGUUUCCAAAGGCAGCCAGUUCAGACGUCGCAGAGUGGUUGCAACGAACAGUUGCGGUGUGCCACUGACAUCAGCAGUCCAGACUCCAGCGGUCCGUACGGCUCUGCUCAACCCAUGAUUUCCUCGACGACAUCUGAUGAUGAAUUCUCCAUCUUUGAAAUUUACUGCAAUAGCGCCGGCCAGUUUGUCAUUCAGCGAUUCUUAGCGGAUGUUAAAGCUGCUGGACUGUUCUAUUCGGAUCCGCGCCUGAAGGAAGUGAUGCAGUUUUGCCGAGAUAUGCAGGAAGAGAGUGGCGGUCUUGUGCCGUUCGAGGAAUUCAAAAAACAUGCCAAGGCCAACUUGGCCAUCUUACACAAAGCUCUACUCAGGAAGAUGAUCAUUCCAGAGUGGGAGGAAUUCUCAAAUCUAGUGCGCGGUAUUUUCCAAGAAGUGAAGGGGAACGAAAGUGGCCAGGUUGCAGACUACAUUCCACAGCUGGCUAAGAUGGACCCGAAGCUAUGGGCUGUAUCCAUAUGCACAGUGGAUGGUCAACGCCUGUCCCUUGGAGAUGAUCGUGCUACGUUCUGUCUGCAGUCUGUUGGAAAGUGCCUGAACUAUGCUUUUGUACUGGAUGACAAUGGACGAGAUGAGGUGCAUCGCUAUAUUGGCCAGGAGCCUAGUGGUCUAUCCUUCAAUGAGCUGAAGCUGAACAGUUAUGGCAAGCCACACAACCCAAUGGUGAAUGCCGGGGCAAUUCUGCUGGCAUCCCUCGUCAAGCCCACGUAUACACCAGCUGAGAAAUUCUCCUGGCUUCAAGAUCAGUAUCGUCAAGCUUGUCCCACGGACCACAUUGGCUUUUGCAAUGCCACGUUUCAAUCUGAGAAGCAGACAGCUGAUAGGAAUUUUGCACUUGGCUACCUGAUGCGAGAGCAAGGCUCGUUCCCACAAGAACGCCCUGACCUGCAACAGAUCCUGGAGUUCUACUUUCAGAUGUGUUCUAUUGAGAUCAAUGCCAGGGCUGGGGCGGUCAUGGCUGCUACUCUAGCUGCAGGUGGGAUCUGUCCACUGUCCGGUGCAAAGGUACUGUCGCCGAAUGCUGUACGAAACACACUGUCACUGAUGCUGUCUUGCGGCAUGUAUGACUACUCUGGGCAGUUUGCAUUUGAGGUCGGUCUACCUGCCAAGUCUGGCGUGUCCGGCUGUAUCUUCCUAGUUGUGCCCAAUGUCAUGGGCAUCUGUCUCUUCAGCCCGCCGCUCGACAAGAUCGGAAACAGCGUCCGCGGCGUCAACUUUGCCCGGGAGCUUGUUGGCACGUUCAACUUCCACCACUAUGACAGCUUGCUGCAGAACGAGGGCAAGUGGGACCCACGACGCCGGCGGAAUUCCACCAAGGAACACUGGGUAGUUGCUCUACUAUUCAGUGCCAGCAAAGGUGACGUGACUGCACUGCGACGCUAUGUAGCUAGUGGUAUGGACCCCAGCGCUGUGGACUAUGAUGGCAGGACGGCUCUGCAUGUUGCUGCUACAUCAGGUCACAUCAAGUGUGUUGAGUUUCUCUUAUCGCUUCCUGAAGUCAACAUCAACACUCUGGAUCAGUGGAAACACACAGCGCUUGACAAUGCCAAGCAGUUUGGGCAUGCGAAUGUUGCCGAACUACUUGCAUCUAAUGGUGGAAUGGAUGGCAGCCACGUCCUGCAUGAAGCCAAUGAGUCACCGACACCACCUGCCAAUGCGUAGUGAGCCAUGAUCUUGACUGCAGUGUUGUAGAUGAUUCCCAGUUGUUGCCGGCCACUUGCAGUGUUCUGUGCAGUAUGCUGUGCUGUGUCCUGUGCAGUAUGCUGUGCUGUGUCCUGUGCAGUGUCCUGUGCUGUAUUCUGUGUGACUCUCGGUGCAGCAUGUGCCCUGCUUGACUAUAAUGCUGUGCCAAAUCUGACACUAGUGUGUGUAUGCGGCUUAGCCAGCUAUCUCACUGCUGGGUAGACAUGCUGACACUAGUGUGUGUAUGCGGCUUAGCCAGCUAUCUCACUGCUGCAGUGCUGGGUAGACAUGCUGACACUAGUGUGUGUAUGCGGCUUAGCCAGCUAUCUCACUGCUGCAGUGCUGGGUAAACAUGCUUGAGAACGGGUUUACAUGUUACAUGUCAUGUGCAUACUUGUAGAGAGUGUCACGUGGUGUUCUCCUGUCAGCGCUCACACAGCACACACACCCGAUAACCUGCCAGUGCCACUGCCUGCUCAGCAUCAAAGUCUCCAUCGCGCACCAGUACGCGCCACAUAGAGCUGCUUCAGCUGGCCGUUGCAGCUCCCUGUGUACUAUAUUCGUCAUGCCACCGACCGUGCAUGUGUCUCACCCUGGUUUUCGUUGAGUAUGAGCAGACAGACCAUCACAAGAAUUUGAAUUUUUUAAUGUCCAUCCUUCUUCGUUUUUCCUCACCACAGGAAGCCUCGCCACUCUCACUACCUUUUUAUACAUGCAUUUACUUCUAUUUGUCCCCCUAUUUUUGCUCUGAGCUGCUGGUGGCAUCUCUCUGUAUUAAAAAAAUAAUUUUUAACGUAAUAAUGCUAUACUCGAGAGAUCCUUGUUUCUUAUCGUUUUAGUUAGUCAAUUUAAUGUGACUUCCACUCA